AUGGCCACCACACCAAAAGAGGUGGAAAAUGCUGUUGGCUUGGAGGAAAUCCACACGGAGAGACAAGAACCACCAAAAGGGCAGAAGACAUUUACAGUGGAAGAAGCUGUGGAAACCAUUGGGUUUGGGAGGUUCCACAUCUUGCUUUUCCUGAUCAUGGGAAGCACUGGGGUGGCUGAAGCCAUGGAGAUCAUGCUAAUAGCUGUUGUGUCACCUUUCAUCCGAUGCGAGUGGCAGCUUCAAGACUGGCAGGUGGCUUUAGUGACAACGGUGAGUGGCUUGUAUUCCCUCCAUGCAGGUCAUCUACUACAUGGGCAUUGUCCAGGGCUCUCCCAUGGGCUUUGUGAAGUACAUUUCCCAGUGGACCAAAUAAAUUCCUAG